AAGCUGAUUUUUGUAGUAUUUUCUACAUGUGGUAUGUUUGUUUUUUUCUAUUAACCCAUUUCUUGCUAAAUGGAUUCUGCUCAUAUGCUGUAUUGAAUCUCUGAUCUUAGCUUUGUUGCCUGCUCUCAUGCUUAUGUGGUUCAUCAAAUGCUUCAAUGAGCAAACAUGAUACCGUUUUUAUGUGUAUUAUGGACAUUAAGAAGAAGAGAGGGGAAAGCUUCAUUAUGACAAGCUACUCUAGCCAACAUGAUACUCUUUUUAUUACUAGGACUCAUCAUGUUAAUUAGUGUAGAUAGGCAUUAGGCGAGUUAGACGGGUUUAAUGUGGAAGUCCAAUGAUGUAAAAUAUUAUGGAAAAUUCUCGCCUUUGAGAAAGUUUGGCAAGACUUCUUUUGGAAUUUCUUAGGACAUUACUGAGUUGUACGAAUUUUAGGUGAAAAUUCAGCCAACUACAACUAAUUAGGUGAAUUUAAACAUGACCCGCACCCACCCGAAUAAACAACAUUGGAAAGUUGGGUUCUUUUAGUAUGGUUUGCGGGUGGGUUUAGUGUGUACGAUGAUUUUCAUACAUUUGAAGAUUCAUCUUGGGAUUAGAAACAAACACUAAUAGUUAUUUUUCAAAGAAAUCAUCUUGGAGGCUGAUAACACUCAAAUUGGUUUCAUUUAGCUUUCAUAUUUAGUUUUUUUUCGUGCUAAUUCAUGCACAUAAUCAGAAGAAUAGUGUCGAUUGCAUCUAUGUUUCGUUCUUAUUUGAUUAUGACGUGAUUUUAGGGUGUUUUAGUCAAUACAUGCGGAUUAGAUACGAAAAGGGCAUAAAGGUAGCAAAAUGGUAGGAAGCUGAUGAUCAUGACCUCAAGAAGGAAGAUCACGGCCAAGAAAGCAAACCGCGAAACAAAGGCAAAGAUCGCGGCAUAAGAAAUAUUUUUGAUAAUGGCUCGCGCCCUAAGAAAUUUAGAACAUCUACAUUAAGAACAAAUAAGUUGAUAUCAUUUACAUUAAGAACUUAUAACUAUUUUGUUGAGAAUUUAUUUGACAAAUUAACCUAUAAUGGAUCAAUGUUUCAUGACAUGCAUUAAGAUAAAAAAUACUUCUCGAUUAAUAAACUACAACAAUAUAAAAGACGGAAAAACAAAUCAAUCUACACAUAAUAUAAUACGCCGAAGGGAAAAACGGGAGCCCCAUUUCAAAUUUCCUGCAACGAGAGUGAAAGUAGGAAGGACAUUUUGGUCUUCAACUAUUAUCUUCUUAUAAGUUAUAUUUUUAACAAUGGUUACGUUUAAUUUGUCUUCCUAAGUGACCGAAAUUUAAGAAAGGAAGCCUCAAAGGAUUAAAACAGAAAUACUUAGUUAAUUCCAAAACCGGCAUUCCUAAACAGCCUCAUAGGAGAAAUAUAUAUAAAUACGGUAACAAGUUGAGCAGAAUGAGACGGGGUGGAGCAAAGUGAGUUGGAAGUUGAUAUUCAGGUAAUACCCACAGGAUGGGUUCAAAUUGCCAUCACUAAUUAUCCUUGCUAAGUAAUAAAGUUGCAAUGAAGAAUUAUUGACUAACCUACCCCGACCAACGGGCCGGGUUAUAAGCUAGUUGCCUUAUAGUAUUUUGUAGACAUAGAUUCGGCUAAAAUCCCACCCAAUCUAAAUCCUCAAUUCAAACGACCCAAACGAAGUAAUAGCGGGCCGUUCCGAUUGGGCCAACAACUACCUAUUGGGCCGCUCGCUGCUUGAUAACAGUAGCAUUUUCCCGCGCCUUUUUGCAGUCGCUUUUCCCCAAAACUGUUCAAGGAACUAUGGAGGGCGAAGGUUGGGAAGAAGCACUCGAUCUCGACGACUCCGACCUCCCUCCUCUCCGCCCUCUCAAACGGCACUACAUAACUCAAGAAACCCCCGUCGCCACCGCUGUUAGUCUCUCCGAACUUCAACCAUUACCAUUUCUGAGGCGCUGUUCGAUCCUAGCGUCUCAAUCUUCCCAAUUCGAGCCGCCGCCUUCGCAGAACUCUUCCUCCCGUCUAAUUCCGGGCCCCGCUGGAACCGUACAAUCGGCCAUGCAACGGAGGAAGGAUCGGCACAACGGCGAGUUGGUUUGCGUGGGGGAAGACCCCAUCCCUACGCAGGAGUACGUUAGGAGGGCUUUGGAGGACGAUGGCGCCGGGGAAGACGACGAUUUCACUCGCGAACCCUGGCUCUGCGCCCUAGAUUUUAUCCGCAGCAGAGGAUUGGUGGAUAAUUAUGGCGCGAUUGGAAUCCCUUUGAGCGCUGUCAAGAGCUUUGAUAACGCCGACAGGGUGGCUCAGGUCGUUGCCAUUGUCAAAUCUUGUACCUCAAAUGGGUUGGGCGAUUUCAUUGUGAAUCUAAAGGAUCCCACAGGGUGCAUUGAUGCUAGCAUUCAUCACAGAGUCGUCAGUGAGGUAGAGUCAGGGAAGGACAUAGCUGUUGGAGCUGUGAUCAUAAUAAAGAAGGUUGCAGUUUUCUCCCCUUCGCGCUCUUUGCAUUACCUCAACAUAACACCUAAUAAUUUGGUCAAGAUAUUCUCCAAGGACUACAAAGCACCAUUAGAGGAGGAUAAUUGUGCAUUAACCGACGUACAUGUUCCUCUAAUAUCCGACUGCAGCGAUCAAACAUCAACUCCAAAGAGUCAAUCCUUUGUGUCGCAAAGAGAACGAACUGAAGGAAUCAUUAACAGUCUUAAACAAAACCAUAACACGAGCGGGAGGAAACACAGUGGUGAAGAGAUUGAAGGCCUGUCAACCGAGGCUGCAGUCAGCAGCUCCGCCGUCGAUGGAAUCAUCGGACGACCAAAAGUUGUUACACGAAAAGAACAAGUUCCACAGCCAGGAGAUGCUAUGGGAUGUGGAUUGAAAGAAGUAGGUGUUGAAAAAGAUCGUUCAGACAUGGACGAGGCUUACGUCGUGUACGAGAUUCCAGAUCAUGGGAAUGAGAGAAGUGGCAGCAGUAGUAGCCAAGUGGUGAAGCAGACGCAGCAUGCACCUCCACAGUGGACAGACGAGCAACUGGAUGAGCUUUUUGCAUUCGAUUAAGCACUACUCACAGAAGUUCUUCACCGUGCCGCCGCAAAAUUUGUAAAGGAUGGGAUUAUACCGUUAUGCCACUGAUGAACCGACGCUCUCGGUUCGUGAGUUGCUUGUAACUAACAAGCGAGAGAGCGACGUUGGUGUCGUAAAUCUUUAGUUUUACUACCGCCGAACUUACAUAUUUAUAGAAUAGAAAACCUAAUACGCA